AUCAAAUCAAAUUUAUUGAAAUUAAAUAAAAUUAUUUAUUUUCCCUGUGAAGCGAGCAGCGUCCUCAACCGCCCGGCCUCUCUCUAUAUAAUAGAACCCAACUUCAUUCUUAAACUUCUUCCCUUGCAUCUUCCCUUUUGCGCUUUCUCUACAUCUUUGUGCGGUUCUGCGAUCCAUCUGUUUUUAGCCUGCAUAUAAAAAUGGAGUGUGAAGAGAACCAACCAGUGGCUCUGGAGAAGUACGAUUGUCUCCUUUUUGAUUUAGAUGAGACACUCUAUCCUAACAGUUCUGGUUUGGCUCAACAUGUCACCAAGAAUAUUGAAGAGUAUAUGAUUCAAAAGCUCCGCAUUGAGGAAAGUCAAGUCCCAGAAUUGUGUGUUUCCUUGUACAAGUAUUAUGGGACAACAUUGGCUGGUCUCAGGGCUAUUGGGUAUAAGUUCGACUAUGAUGACUUCCAUAAUUUUGUUCAUGGAAAAUUACCCUAUGAUAUCCUAAAGCCUGACCUUGUUCUUAGAAAUCUUUUACACAGUGUGCCUGUUCGGAAAGUUGUUUUCACCAAUGCUGAUAAGAAUCAUGCUGAGAGGGUCCUCAAUAGACUUGGGUUAGAGGACUGCUUUGAAGGAGUUAUAUGCUUUGAGACCUUGAAUAACACUAACAAAGGAAAUAAUCCCGUUGAAGAGGAUGAAAAUGCAGUUUUUGACAUCAAUGAAUAUAGCGCUGCUCCGAAUGCUGGUAUUGCACUUCCAAGGUCACCAGUUGUCUGCAAACCAUUUGAAGAGGCAUUUGACCAGGUGUUUAAGAUUGCCUGCAUCAACCCUCAAAGAACGUUGUUCUUCGAUGACAGCAUCCGUAAUUUACAGACUGGGAAACAGCUGGGCCUCAACACUGUGUGGGUAGGCUCUUCCCAUCGCACUGAAGGUGUAGACUAUGCACUUGAGAGCAUCCACAAUAUCAAGGAAGCACUGCCGGAGCUCUGGGAGGCUAAUGAGAAGUCUGAAGAUGUGAGGUAUUCAGGGAAGGUUGCCAUUGAGACUUCAGUUAAGGCAUAGCAUAUUUGUAGGUGGGCAUUUUCUCAACUCUAUCUAAUGCGGUCACACGAUGACAUCUUAUUUGUUUGAAAUUAAACACGCUUUUUUUUCCCCUCAACUUUUGUAACAUUUGAGCCAUUGAGCUCUCACAUUAGCUUCUGUUGUUCUUUGUUUCUCUGAUUUGUAGUUUAAGUGAUCUUAGCUUCCUGUAUUGGGGGCUUGUAGCAGGGUUGGCCUUCCUGCAUGGGUUAUUUGGAAUAUGAAUCUUGAUUUAUUAUAGGGAGAAAUAAAAAAAAAAAAAAAGUCUCUUUCGUCA